AUGGCUAGUCAACCACCAGAAGAUGCCGCAGAGUCCCAGGUCCCGGAUGAGCUCGAGUGUAAGAUUUGCUAUAAUCGAUACAAUCUGAAACAGAGGAAACCCAAAGUGCUGGAGUGUUGUCACAGGGUUUGUGCCAAAUGCCUCUAUAAGAUUAUAGACUUUGGGGACUCCCCUCAAGGUGUCAUCGUCUGCCCUUUCUGCAGGUUUGAGACAUGCCUGCCAGACGAUGAAGUUAGUAGCCUGCCUGAUGACAACAACAUCCUUGUGAACUUGACUUGCGGAGGCAAAGGCAGGAAGUGCCUGCCAGACAACCCCACUGAGCUGCUGUUGACCCCCAAGAGGCUGGCCUCUCUCGUCAGUCCUUCUCAUACUUCCUCCAACUGUCUGGUUAUAACCAUCAUGGAGGUGCAGCGAGAGAGCUCCCCAUCUCUGAGCUCCACUCCUGUGGUAGAAUUUUAUAGGCCUACAAGUUUCGACUCUGUUACCACUGUGUCACACAACUGGACUGUGUGGAACUGUACCUCCCUGCUGUUUCAGACAUCCAUCCGGGUGUUGGUUUGGUUGCUAGGUUUGCUCUACUUCAGCUCCUUACCCUUAGGGAUCUACUUGCUGGUCUCUAAGAAGGUCACCCUCGGGGUUAUCUUUGUUAGCCUCGUCCCUUCGAGCCUUGUUAUCCUGAUGGUGUAUGGUUUUUGCCAGUGUGUGUGUCAUGAAUUUCUAGACUGUCUGGCACCAUCUUAAUCAAUAUGCAAACUAAGAAAUUUGACACACAUUGCCAUGUUUCAAGUUAGGUCAUUUCUCAUUUAUUUUCUUUUAUAUUCUCUAUGAGCAGCAUUCAUGACAUUAAGCCAUUGGCCACAUGUCUGUGAUCCAUUUUCCAUCAAAUGUUGGCAAGUUGGUUUUCCUGUAUGCUGGAAGUACAAAUGUUCACUUCUAUUUAGGUGUUAGCAAAGAAGCAAAGAUGUGUAAGCUAAGUGAGUCAUCU